CCGGAACCGGAAACGAUCCGUGCAGAACGGUUUAGUUCGUCGCUUAGCCUAGCUGCUAGCGUAGUCCACUGUGCGGUAAACUCGUCAGUCGACAAGUUAAAUCGGUCGUUUAGAGUCUGUGUAUCACGUACCUUACACAUCUGCUGUGUCUAGUUUAAUACUAACAUGAGCGACAACGAGAAAGAGUUUAGGGAGCAGGACUCGCCUGGCUUAAGGAGUGUGUCUCCUCGGGGCUCAGCAAAAUCCAGCAGCCGCUCACCAGCACAAUCAAAAGAUGGCUCCCGCCACUCCAGGUCCAGAUCCCGAUCCCGAUCACGAACCAAAUCCAGGUCCCGUUCCCAUCGAAGCUCACGCAAGCACCACUCCCGCUCUCGUUCCCGCUCCCACCGACGCCGAUCCAGGAGCCGAUCUCGUAGCUGGGAGUACCGCCGGCAUAGGAGCCAUAGCCGCUCCCCCAUGUCAAAUCGUCGCAGACACAUUGGCAACAGGGCAAACCCAGACCCCAACAGCUGUCUGGGUGUGUUUGGACUGAGUCUGUACACCACUGAGAGGGAUCUGAGGGACGUUUUCUCUAAAUACGGCCCUUUGAGCAACGUCAACAUUGUGUGUGACCAGCAGUCGCGUCGCUCAAGAGGCUUUGCCUUUGUCUACUUUGAAAACUCUGAGGACUCCAAGGAGGCUAAGGAGCGCGCUAACGGGAUGGAGCUCGAUGGGCGCAGGAUUCGAGUGGAUUUCUCCAUCACAAAACGAGCCCAUACACCCACUCCUGGAAUCUACAUGGGACGUCCCACAUAUGGUGGUGGCGGCGGUAGCAGCAGCGGCGGCGGUGGUGGUGGUGGCGGUGGCGGUGGUGGUAGUAGCAGCAGUGGUGGUUCAUCGCGGCGUACCUCGAGGGACUACGACAGGGGCUACGAAAGAGGUUAUGACAGAAGUUAUGAGCGUGACUAUGAACGCUAUGACGACAGAGAGUACAGAUCAUACAGACGCAGAUCUCCAUCUCCUUACUACAGCAAAGGGUACCGCUCACGAUCCCGAUCCCGAUCUUACUCGCCACGUCACUACUGAGGACUGAGAGAAGAGUCAACAGUUUAUUAUUCAGAUACUUGUCUUUUUUAUGUUUUUUUGACCUCAUUAUGUGAUAUGAAUCCUGGAUUUGUUAAUGUAUUGAAGGUUUGAAAAAUGUUCCUAAAGAAGCAGUCUGUCUGAGCACCACAAUGUCCGUAGUGAAUUUAUCGUUACCAAAUUUGUAGUCAGAUUCUUGAAAAAGAAAAUAAUCUAAAAUGCCAGAAAAUAGGUUCAAGUGGAAAUGAGCUAUACUUGUUCAUUCGCUCAAGGCCUAACUUUUCCCCUCACUUUGGGGGAAAAUAUGUGCAGACAUUUUUGGGUAUCCUUCUUACAGCUAACAAACAGGAAUUGAAAACAAAACUUGUUUGGUGGUGGUAAUUAAACGAAGGGCUGGCUUGUUUAUGCUUGGCUCAACAGGUUUGUUUUUAUAUAAACAGGAUUUUUUGUGGCAGUUAUAUUACAGUUCCUCAUGUUGCUGUUUGUAUGUAGUUGGUUUCUUAAACUGUCAAGAUCCCAGUUUGUUUUAAAUACCAUGUUUCUUUUUAACUCUGUGUUUUCCUGUUGGAAAGUACUUUUUUGGGGUGUUGUACCUUCAAAAAUAAAAAUUGACUUUGGUCAUUUGCUCUGUUGUUUAGUAACAGUGUGUUGUACACUGUAAUGGCUACAUUGCCCCAUGGUUUUGGAGGCAGGGAUGCUGCAGGUAUUGUACAAUGAAGUUCCAUCAAACAUUUAUUUUGAAUUUAUUUGCCGUUUUUUUUCUUGACAAAUAAAAAAUAUUACAGCUAUGACUUCAUGCAUGCACCCUCAUAUGACAUGAGUGAUCUUCCAUAAUUAAACCCUGUUGUGACACAGUUUGAGUCGAUUAAAGUCUUUAACAGAA